AUGCCCGUGACCCAAAUUAAUAUCAAGUCGCCAGGUGGGAGCGGGUCAAUCGCAUUCCCUUAUCUUGGCGUGUCUCCCGCUAGCAUUGGCGUCAAUAACCGAGCUGAAGAGGUCAAGGCCAAAAAGCAGGAUACCCACGGGGCUUAUUUCAAGUUUGACAUAUCAAUGGGCCCAGUUCCCACCCCCGAUUCCUGCUGUUUCGUCGGUCCCGUUGUCGUUGUUGUUGUCGUCGUCUAG